AUGCCCUAUCCGCGCGCAGCGAUCCACGAGUGCCUUUACGCCCCCGAAAGCCCAUCCGACGACGGCGACACCACCAUCUCGCUCACCACCAUUCUCGCCUCCAAAGGUUGCGCCGACAAACCAUUCUACCACCCCUCCGCCGCCAAGAAGAAGAGGGUCACCUUCGACCUCGAAGCCAGCCAGCACGCAAGAAUCCUCAUCGAAGCAUGCGGCCUAGACCCCAAGAAAGCGACGUUCGCAAACAUGGAGUCGCUGAACGUACACGUCAAGUGCAUGUCUUGGUCUUGCAGAGGGAGGAAAAACUUCGCAAUGGGCUGGCGCGCAGCGCUUCUUCAUUCCCUAAAGAAGCACCGCGUCGAGGAUGACAGACCACUCAAGAGCUACUGGGAAGUCGUUAAAGACGAGUGGGAGUUGAGGCGUGUCGAACACCAGGAAGUCAACAAACCUUCGUGGGGUGCUUGGUCCCAACAGCACUGUCCUAUCUCACGCUGCAAAACUCAAAUCAUCUGCCCGAGCGGUGAGUUAGACGCGCUCGAAUGGCACAGGGCUGUAGCUCACAAAGACCUCUCCCGCGCCACCGACAUAUCUAUGGUCAAGGACUACCCGGAGCCUGUAAAUUAUUAG